AUGUCCGAAGAAAAUAAAGAAACUUACGCCAAGCUAAAAUCCAUGGCACAACCUAGUGAUCGAAAGGAUGAUGAUGAAGCAUCUGAGUCAAAGCACAACCAGUUGGUAGCACAAGAAGAAGACGGUGAUUACGACUGUCAAACUCCAACCUCUGAUGAUCACAAGAUCCAGCCACCGCGUUUCUCCUUGCCGCCACCACCACCACCACGCAAACUCUUGCAGAAGAGAAUAAGGAGGUCGUCGGUUGACAGAACACUGAUGGAAUUCUUCGAACACACCAGGCGCGAAGAGGUAGAUGCGUUUUUCCAAUCAUUUACCGUUAGGGUUUCUUCGUCGACCUCUAGGAAAAAGCGAAGUCAUAGUGUAUGA